CCCUCCUCUCUCCACACACUCCCUCCCCCUCACUUCCUAACUACACCCAGGUGAGCCAUGCAACAGGGUGUGGUUCACAAAAAGAAUCUUCUUUUCACUCGCUCCUCUUUCUUUCUCCCACAAAGAAGACGCUUGAACUCAGAGAGAACAUUCGCUUUUGGAUUUUCAUCUUUAAAAAGAAUAAACCCCCCCCUCUAAGAGCUCGGAGCCAUGGGGGCACUGCAGUGUAUCAAGUACUUGGUGUUUGUGUUCAACUUUCUCUUCUGGCUGGCAGGUACUGGGGUGCUGGCCGUGGGGCUCUGGCUGCGCUUCGACACCAGGACAGCGGGACUGUUUGACGGAGAGGACGCACCUACGGUCUUCUUCACAGGUGUGUACAUCCUGAUUGCGGCGGGGGCUCUGAUGAUGGUCGUGGGCUUCCUGGGAUGCUGCGGAGCCAUGAAAGAGUCGCCGUGCAUGCUGGGAUUGUUCUUCCUCUUCCUGCUCCUCAUCUUCGCUGUGGAAGUGGCUGCCGGGAUCUGGGGUCUCUCCAACAAGGACAGGGUGGUGGAGGACGUUACAGAGUUCUAUAAGCAGACUUACACCAACUACAAGGACACCAAACAGGAAGCGCUGAAGGAGACGCUGCGUCUCAUCCACUUUGGGCUGGACUGCUGCGGGCCCACGGGGACGGUGAUCGAUGCUGCCAGAGAUAUCUGCCCCAAGAAGGAAGGACUGGAGGUCCUCAUCACCACGAGUUGUCCAGCUGCCAUCGACAAGAUGUUCAACACCAAACUGCACAUUAUCGGGGGGGUCGGCAUCGGUAUCGGAGUCAUCAUGAUCUUUGGGAUGAUCUUCAGCAUGAUGCUGUGCUGUGCCAUUAAGAAGUCCAGGGACUUUGUCUGAAAACCCCUUCGUCUUUAACUUGAGUCUCCUCACUUUUAGUGCCGCUGCGUUAGAGUUUAUAUCUGUUUAACAGUCGUAGUUUACUGCUUGGAUCCGUACAGAAUGACCACACUGCGAGAGUACGGAAACUUGCUUUUUUUUUUGCCGUUUUUCAGUCCGGGUGCAAAUGUAAUCUACAAAGUAAAUUGAACAAAGUUUUAAUUGUUACCCAUUAUAAUGACUUUAAAUGCUACUUUUCCUCACAGCAGAGGUCUGCAGGAAAAAGAGACGUUCAUGACUCUGCUGCCCCCUGCAGGACGCUGAAGAUGUGAACUCUUCACUGUUGGAUAAUAUUGGCUCAGUUUAGUUACAUGUGUUAAACGGUUCCUGUGGUUGGUUUGUAAAGUCUAACAGGAUUUCUUUUUUGCAGCCAAGUGAUUUUUUUACUUUUGCCUGAAGUUACAUGUUUUGUUUAUGAAAGUAGAACUGGAGUUUUAUGCAAAUAUUUUUGAUGAAUGCAGUUCAACCAUCUUUAAAAUGCCAAAUAAAUGAUCUAAUAACACUGA